AUUUUUGAAAACAAAAGUAAUUAAAGUAAUUACUUCUGCAAAAAGCAUGAAAGGAAAAAAUAAGACCAAAAAUAAAAAUUAUACAUUUAACAAUAAUCUUUAUUGUAUGUUGGGCUUUUGGAACCCCAUGAAAUCCAGUUAUCUCCGUUUGUCGGUAGCAUUUUCCAGGUGUGUUAUGUUGUCUGAAAACUUGCUGGAUGAGUGCAAAGUCAAGUGUGUUUCAUAUUAAGGUGUGCAUCUGCCAUGGAAAAGCAUUGAAAUGCAUAAAUAUGUGAAACUGUGGCCUGUUAAUAACUUUAAUGGAAAUGAAGCUUAUAGAAAGGCUUAUGACAAUUCAACCAAAGUAAUCGGUGGAAGCUAUCUGCAUGAUUAUAUAUAUCAUACUGUUGGAUAAGCUGCAGUGCUUUUCUUUAUCUGUGUUGUAAGAGUUGGGGAAAAAAAACUCAAGCGUCACAGAAAAAGAAACUGAUAGUACUUUAAAAACAAUCCUACUGAGAUUUGUCUUUGUUUAGUGUAUGUUGUUUUAUCAACAUGCACAAGUACAUGACACUAUGAGUAUCAGUUGCGUGGAUGAGUGAUAUUUUAGGGAUCUGUUUGAGGAGCUGUAUGACAAUACCUCAAGGUCAGAGCUGUGAGGAAAAUUUCCAACAUUCACUUACUCAUCCAUGUUGGCUGAUUCAGGAUUUCAUGUCUCUAGGAGUGGCCAUAAAGGGAUGUGUCUUCAGUGACAAGCCUUGCCCUGUGGCUACUGUAGUAGUCAGCCAGCAGACUGGUAGUCGUACCAUCUUAUUUUGUGCAAAAAGGUGCUGUGUGCAGUGGUCAACCAGAACUGUCAAGGACCAGUUUGUAAAGGCUGUGUCAGAUCGUUUGCAUGAAUUCAGUUGGAUACAUUUUGAGCUGCGCCCAAAUGUGGAUGACUACUUGCAGAUGAUGGAGAAGGUGAGAGCUACUCAGGCAGCCUUGAUGACACAUGGUAGUGACAGUGCAUCUCAAACUGUGUCUGUGGAAAUUGAAAAGCCAGAAUUAGACAGACUUGUUGCACAGCAUGCGAUGAGUCUUGCAGAUGUGGUUUUCUUCAGCAAAGACUGGGCACGCAGUCAGGGAUGGACAGACAUGCACAUGGCAGUCAAAGAGGCAGGCAGAAUGUGCCCACAGAACACAACAGUUGUAUGCCCCUGGGGAGAUGAAGGGGCAGCCGCCUGGCAUAAGGAUGAUGUCAUCACUGUACAGGCAGUUUUACCUGAGAAAGUUGUUGACACUCUGGGUGCUGGGGACACAUUCAUUGGAGGGUUUCUGCAUGCACGGACAAUGGGUCUUCCGCUGGAAGAAACAAUGAGGUUUGCUUGCCAUGUAGCUGGUUACAAAUGUGGCAUAGAAGGCUAUCAAGGACUGAAAACUUUUUACCAUUUGUUGAGCUAAACAGUGUAAAAGUUUGAUAUUUUAGUGAUGUGAGUUGAUUUUUGUCUUCACUGUCACAUUUCUUUUCACAAUGCAAGUUUAUCUUCUACAUACAUAUGCUUUGCAUGGUGUGUAUGUGUGUGGUGGGGGAAGUAUUUGUACAUGGAUGACGUCAAAUUAUGUAUGAUUGCUUCUCCUGCCUAAUUAUGGUAAAGUAAAAUUAUAAACAUGUAUAAGCA